AUGGACGAAGGUACCGUGCCUGCUCCUGCUCCUGCUCCUGCUGUCUGUAACGAGAUGGGUGGUGAUUUUGAGGCAGGUGCAGUGGUGGAGACACAUCUGCGCACGCCUUCCAUAAUGGAAUCUCUGACCAAGCCACUCGCCAGUCAGAGCUCAGUAUUCUUCCAGUCACCCACCUCUGGAAGCCGAGGAAGAAGCAAGAUGGAAAGUCCACCGCACACCCACUCGAACCUCCCCGAGCCAGUAAGCGUUGAGGGUUCAUUGCAGACCACUGACAUGAAUGGAACACCAGGUUGCCCAUGCUUUUAG